CUGUGCAGGGAGGAGAGGAGCAACGACCCGCAGACUCCAAUCAGUGCCAUACCUCUGACUGAGAGAACCUGGCUUGACUGAGCCUUCACGGCGCAUCAUGGCGAUCGCCAUGGGUUGGCAGAAGCCCGACAAUGUUGCUGGCUCCUCAGCGCCAGCAAUCAUGGUCGGGCUUUUCGUCGCCUCGGCUGGCUUGCUCUUCGGCUACGACACUGGAUCGAUCAACGGAAUCCUCGCAAUGAGGACAUUCAUUCGAGACUUCAACACCGGCUAUGUAGACCCGGACACCGACAAAGUCAACCUCAGUCCCGCGGAAAUCUCAAUUGUGGUGGCCAUCCUGAGCGCCGGCACCUUCGUAGGCGCUCUCAUCUCGGCGCCUUUUGGUGACUGGGUUGGACGACGACUCUCCAUCAUUGCCUCAGUGGGCGUCUUCUGCCUGGGCGUCGUUCUUCAAAUCUGUGCUGCAGCCAUACCCAUGAUGAUUUCUGGCCGGUUUUUCGCUGGCGUGGGCGUUGGCUCGAUAUCAGUCCUUGUGCCUCUGUACCAGUCAGAGAUGGCGCCGAAAUGGAUCCGUGGAACGCUGGUCUGCGCAUAUCAACUAUCUAUCACCGUCGGCCUGCUGGCUGCAUCGAUUGUUAAUCUGCUCACUUCGAACAUGACAACUUCAGCUGCAUACCGGAUCCCGAUUGGUCUUCAGUUCUCAUGGGCCGUGGUUUUAACUAUUGGCCUGUCAGUACUGCCAGAAACACCCCGAUAUCUCAUCAAGAAAGGCAAAAAACAUGAGGCUGGUCUCGCUCUGAGCCGGCUUCGACGACUUGACAUCACCCACCCCGCCCUUGCGGAGGAACUCGCAGAGAUCGAAGCCAACCACGAGUACGAGUUGGCUCUGGGAGGAACCUCGUAUCGGGAUGUCUUCACCGGAUCACCUCAUCUGGGCCGACGCAUGUUGACCGGCUGUGUGCUGCAGAUGCUGCAGCAACUAACUGGCAUCAACUUCAUCAUGUAUUAUGGCACGACAUUCUUCGAAGGUGCCGGAGUCAAUGACCCUUUUGUUAUCUCCUUGGUGUUGAAUGUUAUCAACGUGGUAUCCACCUUACCGGGACUGGUCGUUGUCGAAAGCUGGGGUCGUCGGAGGCUCCUAAUCGUUGGUGCGAUCGGAAUGGCUGUCUGUCAGUUAACGCUCGCCAUCUUUUCGACAGUAGUCGGAGAUGCCGUAGACGAUUCCUCACAUGCCGCCUCGAGAGUCCUCAUUGCUUUCGUCGCGCUUUUCGUCUUCUUCUACGCCUCAUCCUGGGGUCCUGUUGCCUGGGUCGUCACAUCCGAGAUCUAUCCGCUCAAGGUCCGUGCCAAGUCCAUGUCAAUAUCUACAGCCUCCAACUGGCUGCUGAACUUUGGCAUCGCAUAUGGAACACCCUACAUGGUCGAAGGAGGUGCCGGAUAUGCCGACCUGGGUUCCAAGGUCUUCUACGUCUGGGGCGCCUUUUGCAUCAUUGCCGCCAUAUUCGUUUACGGCAUGGUGUACGAAACGAGCAAGAUCAGCCUUGAACAGAUCGACGAGAUGUACGAGCGUGUAGAUGUUGCAUGGAGAAGCAAGAAGUUCGAGCCUGCGUGGAGCUUCCAAGCGCUCCGCGAAGAUAACUUCGCCAACGCCAACACCAACGCCGCCCCGUUACCGCCACACGAGCUGCAGCCAGCACGCACUGCGUCGAGCACCGGCGAGAGUGUGCAGACGGUGCAUACCGUUGGGGCAAGCGCGUCCUCGGACGAAACAAGGACAGAAGAGGACAAGAUCAUACGACAGAUGGGCAUGAGCAAUGUCGACUUUAGCUACUAAGCUUGUCUGGGCAUGUCUUGUCCCUUUGGCCUUUGCUUCAUAUGCUUUUCAUCUGGGUUUAUAGCGUCGGAGUUUGACGUUUGCGGAGUUUUCACCUGCCACAACUACGGAAAAUAGGGUUAUUUAUUUUUGGGAAUGCCGAUUCAUAUAAGGAAAUGUUCAUGUUUUUACGAUAUCCAAUGGGAGCAUAUUGGCGCUUCGAGGUUGAGGGAUUAUUUACCACACUGAUCUCAU